UCUGUUUGUAUGUCUUAAAUGCAGUUAUUCAUUAUAAUCCAGAUUUAUGGGGUCCUGAAGAUCCAAACCUUUUUAUACCAGAAAGACAUGAAAUAAAACGUCAUCCUGUUGCUUGGAUGCCAUUUGGUGUUGGUCCAAGAAAUUGUAUUGGUAUGAGAUUUGCACUAAUGGAAUUAAAAAUAUGUUUAAUUCAAUUACUUCGACAAUAUCGUAUAUUACCUGGUGAUAAAAUUGAAGAAGGAUUUCAACGACAAGAAAGAAUUGUUAUUCAACCUGAUGCUAUUUUUGUUAAACUAGAAAAACGCUCAUCUUGA